AUGCUGGCCAGGAAGGGCCUGAUCCCGGAGGACUACGUGCUGACCACCCGCCUAGCCGAGGACAUCAAUGAGCCCAAGUACCGGGCGCAGGAGCGGAGGGCGAGGUUCGUGGCCAAGAACGGGAGGUGCAAUGUGGCCCACAAGAACAUCCGGGAGCAGGGCCGCUUCCUGCUGGACGUCUUCACCACCGUGGUGGACCUCAAGUGGCAUCACACCCUCCUCAUCUUCACCAUGUCCUUCCUCUGCACCUGGCUGCUCUUUGGGAUGAUCUGGUGGCUCAUCGCCUUCGCCCAUGGCGACCUGGACUACACCGAGGAAGGCUUUGUGCCCUGUGUGACCAGCGUCCAGUCCUUCACCGCUGCCUUCCUCUUCUCCAUUGAGGUACAGGUGACCAUCGGCUUUGGGGGGCGAAUGAUCACAGAGGAGUGCCCCUUGGCCAUCCUAGUCCUCAUCGUUCAGAACAUUGUAGGUCUGGUCAUCAAUGCUAUCAUGUUGGGCUGUAUCUUCAUGAAGACGGCGCAGGCCCACCGUAGAGCGGAGACCCUCAUCUUCAGCAAGCACGCCGUCAUUGCCCUACGAAACAGCAAACUCUGCUUCAUGUUUAGGGUUGGAGACCUGCGGAAGAGCAUGAUCAUCAGCGCCACCAUCCGCAUGCAGGUGGUCAAGAAGUCCAGCAGCCUGGAGGGAGAGGUCCUGCCCCUCAACCAGAUAGAUAUCCAAAUGGAGAACCCCAUCAGUACCAAUGGCAUCUUUCUGGUGUCACCACUCAUCAUCUGCCACACCAUCACCAAGGACAGUCCGCUGUAUGACAUCUCCGCCACUGACCUCACUCACCAGCAAGACCUGGAGAUCAUUGUCAUCCUGGAGGGGGUGGUGGAGACCACUGGAAUCACCACCCAGGCCAGGACAUCAUACUUGGCUGAUGAGAUUCUGUGGGGUCAACGCUUUGUGCCCAUCAUAGCAGAAGAAGACGGCAGGUACUCGGUGGACUACUCAAAAUUUGGCAAUACGAUCAAGGUGCCCACCCCGACAUGCACAGCAAGGCAGCUGGAGGAAGACCAAGGUAACCUGGACCUUCGCUCCUUCUCCCCUAAGAGCACCAUCCGCAGAAGAAACAUCUCCAUCAAGGUAAAGCCAAAGUUCACACUGUUUGAUGAGGACCAAACGUGACCCUGGACCCAUGACCUCUCCAGAUCUGGUGUCUUCUAUGCAGCAAAUAUCCCUUCUCCAGA